AUGGGUCAAGGUCGAAGUUCUCAACCUCGGAUUACCAGUCAAGACCGCGCUAUACUGGACAUGAAGUUACAGAGAGAUAAGUUGAGACAAUAUCAGAAAAAGAUUGAAACUGUCUUGAAAUUAGAGGAAGAAAUCGCGAAACAAUCGCUUUUAGCCAACAACAAACCGAAGGCUUUGAUUGCACUGAGAAAGAAGAAAUUUCAAGAGAAUCUACUAUCCAAAACCGAUCAACAGCUAGAAACUCUUCAAAAUCUGGUUUCCUCAGUCGAAUUUUCGUUGAUUGAGAAAGAUGUGCUAUUCGGAUUGAACCAAGGGAACCAAAUACUGAAAGAGAUUCACAAAGAAUUGAACAUUGAAAAUGUCGAAAAAUUAAUGAGUGAAACUGCCGAUUCAAUUGCUUACCAAAACGAAAUUGGCGAAUUGCUAAUGUCCAGAAUGACGAAUGAGGAAGAAGAAGAGGUUCACAAGGAACUCGAAAUAUUACAAUCGCUAAAUCAACAAGCGACCGGCCCACAACUCACGACACAUGAGAAGCCCAAACAAGCGGCAUCGUCACCUGUUUCAUUAUAUUUGCCAGACGUGCCUACAACUGCAUUGCCCACAGAAAUACAAACGAGUCGCACUGCCGAAGAAGCAUCCGAUGUUGAUGGCACAAGUACUCGGGAACGUGAAGCCAUUCCUGCCUAG